AGGCUUUCAAGGCUGCGCUGCCUACAACAUUUCUUGGCUUGACGUUCCUUUUGGCUAUGUCCUCGUAUCACAAGAUGCCGGAUAUCAUCCCUACUUCAAACAUGCACUUCUCAGUGAAGCUUUUCAUAUCUUACGCUUUCGACUGGGUGGUUCUUAUCAUCGCUUUAGUGGUCUCGGUGGUCGUGGGCAACCUCACGCCCAACAAGCGAGACUUCUCCUUGGUUAACCCCUACAUCUCGUACCCGUUCACAGGUGAUACGAUUUCUAUCGGCCUGGCCGCGAUCCUCUCUCUCGUCGUCCCGGCCGUUAUCAUCGCUGGCGUAGUCCUCGUCUUUGUGCCCGGAGGCACGGUACCAAACAACACACCUUCGAGUUUAAUAUGGAGGCGAAAGAUAUGGGAGCUUCAUGUAGGCCUGUUGGGACUUGCAUUGUCUUUCGUUUCUGUGUUCUUCUUCGUGCAAUGUAUGAAGAACCUGUUAGGCAAGCCCCGACCUAAUAUGCUGUCGAGAUGUGAGCCGGAUGUCUCCAACGCUAUGAAGUACCUUGCGGCAGGGUAUGCCAAUAGUCUAGCGGAUGGACGACUAUACUCAGCCGACAUUUGCCAACAGAGAGACUCGGCGAAGCUCAACGAAGGAUUCCGAGCAUUUCCUAGUGGGCACUCUUCGAUAAGUGCUGCAGGACUUGUUUACUUGACCUUGUUCCUUGCUAGCAAGUUGGCUGUUAAUAUCCCGUUCGUCCCGCCGAGCAUGAAAUGGAGACACGAGGCAUUUCCAUCGCGAUCAGGGGAGUAUGAGCCGUCAGCAUCUUCUUCCGCGACGGAUAACGGACGGGACCCGGAGAUCCAGUCACAGCGCCGCCAGGCUGCCGGCGCCCCUUUGUAUCUCUUGGUCCUUGUUAUCGUACCUUUUGCUCUAGCCGUCUACAUCAAUUGCUCGAGAUGGUUCGACUACCAACACGACGGCUUCGACAUCAUUUUCGCUUUUCUAAUGGGCACCGUUGCAGCGUAUUACAGCUUCAGAUUCUAUCAUCUGCCCAUUGCAGGAGGAGCUGGCUGGGCCUGGAGGCCAAGAACUCACGAUAGGGCAUUCUGGGCUGGCGUUGGUAAGCUUGGCUAUGUAGGGGAUACUGGUGAGAAUCAUCAUGCUGCCGCAGCUGUGGCAGACAGGACGCAUAGCCAUUGGAGUUCACGAGAUCAGUCAAAUUCACGCGAAUAUCAAGGAGAUGAUAUCGAGCUGCAGGGGGCGGGUUUUAGAGUAUAGGUAAUAAGUUGUUUGAGCUACUGCUGGAGAGUUCUUGGUGUUGGCCCUGAGAGGAGGAAAACAGCUUUAAAAGAUAGUCCUGCAAGGUUGUUCUACAAUAAUAUCAAGUUAUGACCUAUUCAAACUAC